AGCACUGUGGUGUUCCCGUCCAACAGCGGCGGUGCGGAGUCGCAGUGACUGGCAGGCAGCUGAGAAUGUGGGAUUUGUUGCAUACAGACCGCUAUUUUUGGGACUGUUACGAGGAGCUGGACAUAAGGUACGCAAGUCGACCGUGAUCAGUGAAGUAUAAUAGCGUAUACCCUGGCUUCCUCCUCCUGGCUGGUGGUGUUCGGACCGCAGCUCCUGGAGGCUCCGUGCAGGGGCAAAAAGCCAGUGGACCGCGUUUAGUCCCUGGCUUCAAACCCCCAAGAAGUCAUCCGUGUUAACAACUGAUACAAUGCAGUGAAGCAGUGUUCUUCUGGACGUUUCACCUCUGGGUUAAAUGUACUUGCUCCAUCCUCGCCCCUUACGCCGACGACUAUGGUCUGAAAUCGCGGCGGAGGUGAACGGCUCACAACCUGCAAGACAAUUAAUUAAUUAAAUGAUACAGGAUACCAUGACCCUGCUGUCUUUGUUAGGACGGAUAAUGCGUUAUUUUCUGCUCAGACCGGAGACUUUGUUUUUGCUGUGUGUAAGUCUGGCUCUAUGGAGUUACUUCUUCCACACGGACGAAGUAAAGACUAUCGUCAAGUCCAGCCGGGAUGCGGUCAAGAUGGUCAAGGGGAAAGUGGCGGAGAUGAUGCAGAAUGAGCGAUUCGGAGGGCUGGACAUCCUGGAUGCUGAGUUCUCUAAGACAUGGGAGUUAAAGGGCAGCAACGUGGCCGUGUAUUCUAUCCAAGGCCGAAGGGAUCACAUGGAGGACAGGUUUGAGGUGCUUGCGGAUGUGGUCAACAAAAGCCAUCCGACUAUUUUCGGUAUCUUUGAUGGUCACGGAGGGGAGGUGAGAACACACUUUGUGGAUGCGGUUUUCUCUGAUCCCCAAUUUUAACCUAGGCUUUAUGAUGCAGUACUCCUUUUCAAGCCAGAAGAAAUUGUUAACCCAGUGUUUCAUUUUUGAGUUAUGCCUAAUAUCUGGUCACAACAAGCCUUAAAUUAUAUUAAGACUAGAUACACCAACGCUCAAGUUAGGCUGCAUAAUAUUCCCAGUGUGUUGAUCUGCUCAGAUCAAGCUGGAUCACUCCAACCUCAGGAAUUUUUAGUAGAAGCCAAGGCUAAGAUCAUCUGCUUCACUUCAGUGGCCUCUUAUGUGCUGCCUAGUGUGUACAAACAUGAUUAUGCUGUUGAUUUGUAUGUUUACUGACUGCCACACCUUCAAUCCCAGUUUUGCCGUUGAGCUUGAUACUGAGAGAUGACAGACUGAAAAUACCUCGAGGCUCCCAUGGUGAACUUUUAUAGUGAUGAUCCUCUGUAACUUUUUGACGAAAUGUAGCCAUUGGAUUGUGGCCUUAUUCCUUCAUUUUAAGUGGAGAAGCUUUCUUUUUUGGGACUUGUGAUGUAACCCAUGAUACCAGCUUCAGCACCACUGUGUGGGAGAGAGCAGGAUAAAUAAACAAGUGCACUAGAAGUAGAAGAGAAGAGUUGAAAAUUUGUCCAUGUGGGCGAGAUGUUCCUGUGUGCCAUGAUGAACAAAUUCACGUUUUUAAAUUAUUUUGAAUCUGAGGCAUUAAAGAGGAUGAAACAGAGCAAGAUUAAGUGACCACACUUCAGACAUUUCAGACACAAGCCACAUUUAUUAAUUAAACCAACUUUUGUGAAGGUCUGUCUAUCACACAUGAUGUCAGAUUGGUUUGCACAACUGAGCACCUUCUUGAUAGUCCAAUGUGUGUGUAUUUUGUACACGAAUGUGUUGUGGGUGUCCAACUCUAUUUUACUUUUUUCUACUUCUUUUAAGCAAGGCUCUGAUUUACUGGAAUAUAAUGUUGAAUGGUCUAUAUGGUAAUUUUUGCAAAGUUUAUGAAGCUUCUAUCCUCAUCUUACCCUCAACCUUACCCUUACCCUUUUCCACAUAAACGCCUUUAUAAUUUCUCUAUUAAAUUGCAAAUGAGACACAGUAGUCGAGAGUAGGUGUGUGUUUCGGACAUGGAACACUUUCUUCUCUUCAUUUUCUUAUCACAGAGUUCCCUUUAUGCAUUUUACUCCAUAUUCAGUAUUCCCUCUCUACUCAGACAGAUGAGAUGAUUCAAGCAGUUUACAAUUAUUCUUAAGCAAGCAUGCACUCAAAACAUUAAAGAAAGAAGUAGCAUGUUCCUAAUUGCACUGUUGUUAUUAUAAGAUCAGCAAAUGAGCGUACCACUAAAAGGCCCAAGGACAGUUUGUAUAUGCCUUUAUUUUAACAUGCAUAUAAAUUACCUGCUGCCAAUGUAUAACAUUAAUACAUGACUAAAGAAAAUACCUUCUCAGAGAACAGACCUGGUCUAGUAGACAUAAUCUAUAGCA